ACUAAUGAUUUAUCGUAUUUGGUUCGUCAGGCUGGCACCGACAGGAUGUCCGCCGCCAUGAAGGCCGAGAUUGACCAAGCGGCCGCACAAUUGGAGAAUUGUGAUUUUGUCACCGAGGUUAAUGAAGUGGCGAUGAAGGUUUUGCUCAAUCCUCUGAUCCUGGAAAACGUCUUCGGCUUCUUGGAUACCCUCACUUUAAAGUCAAUUCGCCUCGUUUGCACCGUUUGGACCGACGUGGGCACCACAAUUCUCGGGAAACAGGGUCGCCUUAGGUUUUCGACACCCCGCACAAAUCCUGCAGAGUUGACCUCAUUCAAUCACGACUUAGCCAAGAACAUGCACAUAUAUUUCGACACAAACCUGUCAUGUGGCUUGGACGAUAGUUGCACCUGUCCUGAAACUUUGACCAAUCUGCCCACCAAAUUUGUCAUGAUUUUACCCGAGAUUUCUGACAAGUUGGAAACACUGGACUUCUAUCGUGUCGAUACGCUUGAACCCCUGCAGAAACUUUGGAGCACUUAUCAUUUCCCGCACUUGACUCGCAUCUCGAUCAUCGCCAUGGGACCACAUCUCGAUAAGAGAGCACCGCCACCGGAAAUGACUCAAUUUCGACUCCUCCCCAAUCUGAAAGUGUUCCACUUAAAUAUCUCGCCCGGCUGUGAGAAAAACGUGGCAAAGUCCUUGAUGUCAACCUUUUGCCAAAAUCUGGUCAACGCGGCCCCCAACUUGGAAGACUUCGACCUUGACGCAACUACAUUCUGUGACUUGACGGGAUGCAGAAAACUCAAAAAGUUGAGGGUCAUAUAUUAUUCUACGGGUCGUUUUCAGUUCAAACUCUCUGAGAUGAUGAAAAUGAUAGAAAGUUGUCGAAUUUCCUUGGAAAGUUUGAUCCUAGAUCUUAUUGGGAAUGAUAUUAACCCGACUGAGCUGGACUUGAACCUCCCGAAGCUCACCCACCUCAUGCUUAAUGCUCCCGAUGGGCGUAUCAUUAACGACUCGUUAAACAUCACAAAGCUCCCAAAAUUGACGCAUUUCUCCAUCUCGAACAUCCAUACGAAUAUCUUGCAGUGUGACAUUUCUGCACUGAUUAAACACUACUAUUUGCGUCAUAAAGGGAUAACGUCGCUCGACGUAUGGUGCGAUUAUUAUCCCGACAGGGCUGGACAAGCUGCUGAAAGGCUAGCCGAUCUCUUCCCGGCCGUGAAGCAAUUGAACUUGGCGUUGGGGCUUCGAAAGGUCGGGGAUUCGGACCAAUAUUUCUUGGCUUUGAGGGAAAUGAUGCACUCCUUCAGCGACUGGGACCUGACAUGCGGGAAGGUCGAGUUUGCGAUUUGGUGUGGAGUAGUGAGCGAGAUAAGUAGCGCUCAAUUGGUCAUUGCUGUAUUGGGAGGAAUGGCGGGAUGGAGAGGUUUGACGAACAUGUCGCUUAAAUUCAUCGCUGGUCCUCUCCCCCACCGCCCAGAGCUUAGACUGUUGGACGAGAUGCGAGAUGCCCUUCUGUCAUGUAGGACGAUUCGAAGCAUGGAUUUUACUGGAUUUUUGAUGGAGGAGGAGACGAAGGACAAUUUUCAGGCGUUUAUUCGGGAGCAUAAUUUGCCAAUUAGUAUCACUAUUGAUAAUUGAAUAAUUGUUUUGGUGGUAUUUACUCAUUAGGGGGUUCAAUUACUUGUAUUUUAAAAUAUCGUCAAUUUUAGUACUCUUGUUUAUAUUUACGGUAAAAUUAUUAUCUAAAUUAUUACUAAAUUGUACAGUUUGAUGUUUAAAUAG